AAUGAAAAGAAAAUAAAUUUCUUCUUCGAAAUCGGUCAAUAAUUUUAUGCCACUGUAUUCGUUAAUUGGUACAAAUCAUUAUUAUAAAACCAGGAAUAAUGAAAUCCACCAUGGUCGCCAUAUUACUCGGCCAUAUUUGAUUUCAUGGUCCUCGUCGUCGUCUUCGUCGUCGGACGUGGUCGUGGACGAUUGUCGAACAAAAGACGAACUGUCAGAAUAAAAAAAUUACUUGACGAAGUAAAUAAGAUAACGUGACGUGUUAAAGGUCAAUUAGAAAAGACAAGUGGGAUGUCAUUCACUAAAACAGGCGUUCACCAUUUUAUCGAGAUCACAAUUAAGGUUCCAAGUUUGUAAUCUUGAGAAUACGAACGAUCCUAACCUCUUUAUAUCGCUGUUAACAUGGGAAACAUGUGCAAUGAUUGUAUGGCCAGAGUGCCUUAUGCAACUCUUAUAGCAACUAUUAUGUGUUGUUUGGGUGUUGGAAUAUUUUGUGGCACUAUGUACAGAGGUGUUACUAUAUGUUCUCUUAUGAUGGAUCAGGUAUUUCAUUUGAGACUUGGCUGGUUGGAAGCAUUACAAUUGGUUCUUGCUAUAAUAGGAGCUAGCAUGGCUGCUUUAGGGUUCAUGAUUUUAUGCGUUGGUUGUCUUGCAACAGGUGCAACAAGACAUAAAGUAUAUAGAGCAUGGCGAUCUAGAGUAGGAGGUCGUAUUUCAUGUGCUGUUUUCAUGACCAUUACAUAUGUAUCGCAAUUGAUCUGGCUUGUUAUAUUUGCAAUUUUAAUUGUAAUCACAUUUCUGUUUACUAUAUUUUGGGGAUUGUGCAGUAAUCCUCGUGUUCAGUCUCUCGAUCAAUGCAUCGAUUUUACUCAAUUCAGUUUUCUAUUUCCAAAUAAUACAAGAACGGAAGACAUGAAAGUUUGCGGAUCUCAGGAAGUCAAACUAUUUUGUAAAGAUUUCGUUCAAAAUGCAGAAGUGAUGUUUAUUUUGGCAACAAUUGCCGCAAUAUUGGCGAUCCUAAGUUUAACGCAUUAUUUAAUGUGUUUGUCUGCCAAUUAUGCGCACAUACGUGAUCAUGAAAAAUUUCAAGAAUUACAAGAAUUACAAUAUCUUCAAGAUCCCGGGGAUCCAGAUUCUCCUCAACCUGGAAUGGGAACUUUAAGCUCUCAUCAUCAUGCUAAAGAUAGAUUCUAGGAUACAGCCCGUGAGAUCUUCGCUAUGAAUCCAUUAUAACAUUGACUGCUUCUAUCCUAUAGAAGCUUAUAAAAAUUCAGAACUGGAUUGACAACAUUAAUUCAUUAAUCUUUCAUUGUACCUAUUACUCAGUAUUCUACCAUAAUCGAAUAUUAGUCGCAGUAGUUUACUGAUUCAGAGGAUCUUACGGGAAUACUCUAUGCCGUCCAUUAUCUGCGACUGUUUUGUAAGCAUUUUAUUUUUUUUUUUACAUUCCUUAAGUUUUUCUUUUUUCUUUUUUUUUUUUUUUUUUUUUUUUGUAUAUCGUUUAAUAGUAUAUUAUCAUUUAUUUUAAUUUUUAUUUUUCAAUAUUUUUUAUUAUAAUAAGUAAUCUAUAAAAGAUACAAUGAAUAAUGACUUCAGAGAUAUAUAAUCUAUGAAUGUUAUAUAAAACUCGACAAUAUAUUAUUAAGAUUGAAAGAGAUAUAUGCACAAAGUAUUCAUAAAAAUGAAUAGACAUAUCCUGAAAAAUAUAUCUCAUAUUUUAUUAUAUUAUAAAUUAUUCCAAGUAAUCAUUUUAUUUCGCUACCUUCUCUUUUUUUUUUUUUU